AGAUAGAAUGAGACUUCUAAUAACUUGAAAGACAAGUCUAUAAAUAUCCUGUAGUCGUUUUCACUGUAUCACUUUUUCCUGGCUACUUUUAUCCGAUAAAAACCUCAAUUUAUUUUUAAGCUAUUAAACACGCGGACAAAGGGAAUCUUAGUUUUAUGCAAAAACGCAACCACGCAUGAGAACUGCGCAAGUCUUUCUUGGAAUGGUCUGUAUUUGGGUGAAGUCAUCAGACGUCAUUACACUUCUUUAUUUUGGGGUUGCCAACUCGUUUCCCAGGAUUUAAAGACUAUAACGAUGAUAAAAGUCAGUUUCGCACCCUGUCAAAGGCUUGGCCCGUUGCCUUUUCCUUCCCGGCAAUACUCGGUUCAAUUAGGUCUUGUCCCCUCAUUAUCUGUGAGGACUGAAUUCCACCCCCGCUUUUCAACGCAGGCUCUUUGCUCGGGAAAAGUCAAACCAUUCCUCAAAGGAUCAAAGAGCUCAGCCAUAGACAGAGCCGCCGGAGGAAAGCGGAGUCGCUGCGUCAGAUGAAAGGGGCCCCUCAGCCUCACUCCUCACCGCAGCUCCUGGGAUCUUAAAGACAGGGUCAGGAGGAUCAGGAGGGACAAGAGGGAUGGAGGCGAAAGGCUGGAUCCUUAAUCCAGGCCGGAGACAAAGUGACUUAAGCAACGGAGCGCGGUGAAGCUCAUUUUUCUCCUUCCUCGCAACCGCGCCAGGGAGCUCGCGGCGCGCGGCCCCUGUCCUUCGGCCCGAGAUGAAUCCUGCGGCAGAAGCCGAGUUCAACAUCCUCCUGGCCACCGACUCCUACAAGGUUACUCACUAUAAACAAUAUCCACCCAACACAAGCAAAGUUUAUUCCUACUUUGAAUGCCGUGAAAAGAAGACAGAAAACUCCAAAUUAAGGAAGGUGAAAUAUGAGGAAACAGUAUUUUAUGGGUUGCAGUACAUUCUUAAUAAGUACUUAAAAGGUAAAGUAGUAACCAAAGAGAAAAUCCAGGAAGCCAAAGAUAUCUACAAAGAACAUUUCCAAGAUGAUGUCUUUAAUGAAAAGGGAUGGAACUACAUUCUUGAGAAAUAUGAUGGGCAUCUUCCAAUAGAAAUAAAAGCUGUUCCUGAGGGCUUUGUCAUUCCCAGAGGAAAUGUUCUCUUCACGGUGGAAAACACAGAUCCAGAGUGUUACUGGCUUACAAAUUGGAUUGAGACUAUUCUUGUUCAGUCCUGGUAUCCAAUCACAGUGGCCACAAAUUCUAGAGAGCAGAAGAAAAUAUUGGCCAAAUAUUUGUUGGAAACUUCUGGUAACUUAGAUGGUCUGGAAUACAAGUUACAUGAUUUUGGCUACAGAGGAGUCUCUUCCCAAGAGACUGCUGGCAUAGGAGCAUCUGCUCAUUUGGUUAACUUCAAAGGAACAGAUACAGUAGCAGGACUUGCUCUAAUUAAAAAAUAUUAUGGAACGAAAGAUCCUGUUCCAGGCUAUUCUGUUCCAGCAGCAGAACACAGUACCAUAACAGCUUGGGGGAAAGACCAUGAAAAAGAUGCUUUUGAACAUAUUGUAACACAGUUUUCAUCAGUGCCUGUAUCUGUGGUCAGCGAUAGCUAUGACAUUUAUAAUGCGUGUGAGAAAAUAUGGGGUGAAGAUCUAAGACAUUUAAUAGUAUCGAGAAGUACACAGGCACCACUAAUAAUCAGACCUGAUUCUGGAAACCCUCUUGACACUGUGUUAAAGGUUUUGGAGAUUUUAGGUAAGAAGUUUCCUGUUACUGAGAACUCAAAGGGUUACAAGUUGCUGCCACCUUAUCUUAGAGUUAUUCAAGGGGAUGGAGUAGAUAUUAAUACCUUACAAGAGAUUGUAGAAGGCAUGAAACAAAAAAUGUGGAGUAUUGAAAAUAUUGCCUUCGGUUCUGGUGGAGGUUUGCUACAGAAGUUGACAAGAGAUCUCUUGAAUUGUUCCUUCAAGUGUAGCUAUGUUGUAACUAAUGGCCUUGGGAUUAACGUCUUCAAGGACCCAGUUGCUGAUCCCAACAAAAGGUCCAAAAAGGGCCGAUUAUCUUUACAUAGGACGCCAGCAGGGAAUUUUGUUACACUGGAGGAAGGAAAAGGAGACCUUGAGGAAUAUGGUCAGGAUCUUCUCCAUACUGUCUUCAAGAAUGGCAAGGUGACAAAAAGCUAUUCAUUUGAUGAAAUAAGAAAAAAUGCACAGCUGAAUAUUGAACUGGAAGCAGCACAUCAUUAGGCUUUAUGACUGGGUGUGUGUUGUGUGUGUGUGUGCAUGCACACACACACACCUGUGUGUAUGUAAUACAUAAUGUUUAUUGUACAGAUGUGUGGGGUUUGUGUUUUAUGAUACAUUACAGCCAAAUUAUUUGUUGGUUUAUGGACAUACUGCCCUUUCAUUUUUUUUCUUUUCCAGUGUUUAGGUGAUCUCAAAUUAGGAAAUGCAUUUAACCGUGUAAAAGAUGAGUGCUAAAGUAAGCUUUUUAGGGCCCUUUGCCAAUAGGUAGUCAUUCAAUCUGGUAUUGAUCUUUUCACAAAUAACAGAACUGAGAAACUUUUAUAUAUAACUGAUGAUCACAUAAAACAGAUUUGCAUAAAAUUACCAUGAUUGCUUUAUGUUUAUAUUUAACUUGUAUUUUUGUACAAACAAGAUUGUGUAAGAUAUAUUUGACGUUUCAGUGAUUUAACAGUCUUUCCAACUUUUCAUGAUUUUUAUGAGCACAGACUUUCAAGAAAAUACUUGAAAAUAAAUUACAUUGCCUUUUGUCCAUUAAUCAGCAAAUAAAACAUGGCCUUAACAAAGUUGUUUGUGUUAUUGUACAAUUUGAAAAUUAUGUCGGGACAUACCCUAUAGAAUUACUAACCUUACUGCCCCUUGUAGAAUAUGUAUUAAUCAUUCUACAUUAAAGAAAAUAAUGGUUCUUACUGGAAUGUCUAGGCACUGUACAGUUAUUAUAUAUCUUGGUUGUUGUAUUGUACCAGUGAAAUGCCAAAUUUGAAAGGCCUGUACUGCAAUUUUAUAUGUCAAGAGAUUGCCUGUGGCUCUAAUAUGCACCUCAAGAUUUUAAGGAGAUAAUGUUUUUAGAGAGAAUUUCUGCUUCCACUAUAGAAUAUAUACAUAAAUGUAAAAUACUUACAAAAGUGGAAGUAGUGUAUUUUAAAGUAAUUACACUUCUGAAUUUAUUUUUCAUAUUCUAUAGUUGGUAUGACUUAAAUGAAUUACUGGAGUGGGUAGUGAGUGUGCUUACCUUAAAUGUUUCAAUUCUGUUAUGUUUUUUAUUAAGUUUUUUAAAAAUUAAAUUGGAUAUUAAAUUGUA